UAAUGGACAUAUCAAAGAUUGGAAGCUCGGCUAUUGAUAAGUCCUUUGGUAGAGGAGGGUAGGGAAAGGAUGCUGUAGUAAUAGUUUCAAACUUAGAAAUUCAUAAACCUGUUGUCACCUUUUGUGAUAUGAGUUAAGCAUAAAAAGAAUUUGCAUUUGAAACUGCUGAACAUGCUUUCAGUAAUUACAUUUUAUAAACUUUAAGAAUUGUCAGCUAAAAGAGAAAAGAGAUAUUUUAAAGACAUAGCAGAGUACAUUAAAAAUGAAUUUGAUAAUAAAUUUUAAGGCACAUGGCAUGUAAUUGUAGGAUUACAUUUUGGUGCAUUUGUUUCUUAUGAAAGUUAAUGUAUGAUACAUUUUUACAUAAAUCAAUUGGGAUUCAUGAUAUAUAAGUUUGGCUGAG